AUGAGCAUAUAUCACACUCCAAUCAACGCGGCAAAAGAGAUACGGCUCUUACGACUUCUGCCUCGAGCUUCUGCUCCAGAAACGGCUGAUGAAAUUGAAGGCCAAGUACCCAUAUAUUGCGAGCUCUAUCCUAUCACGGUCGAUGCCAGCAAAAAUGGAUACGAGGCACUAUCGUAUCAGUGGGGGUCAUGGGAUAAUGCUUUGUCUAUAUAUGUAAAUGGGAUACAGAAAGCUGUAACGCAAAACCUCCAUUUCGCUUUACAAAGUUUCCGGGAAGAGAACAGCGAGGUUAUACUCUGGGUAGAUGCGAUAUGCAUCAAUCAAGAGGAUGAUGACGAGAAGGGUAUGCAAGUAAACAUGAUGACAGACAUAUAUGCCAAUGCUCGAUAUACGAGAGUUUUCCUCGGACCUCCUGACACCACAAGCGACGAAACUAUGGUUGAUAUUUCACAUGUAGGGAGAGCAGUUAUUGAUCGUGGGAUUUAUGAACUUUUAAUUAGGAUGGCUGUACUCGGUGACGGAGAUCAGCUCUUCGUACAACUUGAGCAUGAAGCCGCACAGCUCGUCGAGGAUAUGCUAGAAAACCCUCUCAUCCAAAUUGACCAGUUAACGAGCCUCUUUAAAAGGAUAUCUGAAAUUCUCUCGCGCGAAUACUGGAGUCGUCUUUGGAUACUGCAGGAGAUAGUGGUGUCUCAGAACGUCGAACUAUAUUGCGGCAGGCUGAAAAUCGAAUAUGCCGUUCUCCAUGCCGCCGUGCUCUACACUAUUUAUAUGAAAACGUUUCUUUCAAAGCGACUUAAAGAGCAAUUGAUGGAAAUGUUGGAUUCAGGGGACAUUAGCUCCUCGCAGUUUUGCGAGUUAGAAGCACAAUUUGAUGCCAUUAACUCCACUGUUAUAUCGCUCCCCGCAAAUUUAGUUUUGGGCAUACGACAUCAAUAUCAUGUCACUCUUCAAGGAGGUGGCAACCCCAAAGUUGACCUCAUACGGCUUCUUGCCAAAAUCAGAGUUGGCAUAUCAGUCACGGUUGACAAGGACAGAAUUUAUGCACUUCUUGGAAUGGCGGCCGACAGGGAGAUUCUGGGAAUCAAUCCAGAUUACGCAGACACUACUUCAUGUACUUCCGUCUACUCUAACGCGGCCAAAGCCAUGAUUCAGUCUGGCCACACCGAUGUUCUCGCCUUUUCUCAGUGGACGAAGGAGGAUCAUACAGUGCCGUCAUGGGUACCUGAUUGGCGAGAAGAAGUGAAGCAGCCAUUUGGACAAUAUCAUUGGAAUUCGCCAUAUUCAGCGUCAGGAACUAGAACGUUUGUGCCAAAUAUGGAACAGGACGUCUCGUCAUCCUUCUUGAAGGUCAACGGAUUCAUUGUCGAUUUCAUCGAAUCUUUGAAACCUCAAUGUAACGACGGAGCAUGGCUAAGCAUGAGCCAACGUCGCGAAGCCUGUGCAUAUAUCCAAGAUAUAUAUACUCUUUGUCAAACAUCCAACAAUAAAUUCGAGGAAUCAGGUGAAGAAAUCUAUGCAGAUAAUUACCUGCGAUCAAGAGCGCCCCAGUGUGUUCCUGUAGCAGAUCUAUGCUGUAUUCAAUUCACUAGAAAAGCCACAUUUGAUGAGUGUCGUCUUGGCCACGAAGAAGUAAUUGAAGAUUUUAUACAGCGUACCAGCCACGGGCUAAGCGCCGGGCUCCCCAUCACAAACACUCUCAGAAGUUACUACAACGUGAUGGCACAACAAGUCGAGCGCAAGCCAUUUAUAACUUGCAAAGGGUUUGUUGGACUUGCUCCCAAACACGCAGAAGCAGGCGAUAUUGUUGUUGUAUUUUCUGGCGCAAAGUUUCCUUAUGUGAUUAGGAAAUGUGACGACGAGAAAUACGUCUUAAUUGGUGAGGCUUUCGUUCAUGGUGUUAUGUACGGGGAGUGGAUUGAGGGUCGGGAGAUGAAAGAAUUCGUGUUAAAGUAG